AGUACAACAGUGACUUCAUGAGAACAGAGGCAAAAUGAAGCCUAACAAGCACAAAGCAUCACAUUCAGCUGAAAGGGAAUUUGGAGGUGCUCUUGGUGCCACCUGCAUCCCAGUGUUCCUGCCUCUGACAGUUCUGUACCUGCUCAGUGUGUGCCGGUCUCCAGCUGCCAGUGUCCUGCAGUGGCCUCCUCCUCUACCACCUGCUACACAUUUAUGGGAUCCUUGGGCUGCUGUUCUUAUUGCAGGUUGGAUUGCCCUGCAGAGUUUUCUCUACCUACUGCCUAUAGGGAAGGUUUCUGAAGGUUUGGUUCUCAGAGAUGGAUCCAGACUGAAAUAUCCCAUUAAUGGUUUCCAUGCCCUGAGCAUUACUGCUGUUCUGUUGAUCAUAUGUAUUUUGCUGGGAAUGCCACUCGGGCACCUGUUUGAGCUCAUUUUGCCUCUGGCUAUAUGUGCCAUUGGAGUUUCCUAUCUGCUGUCAAUGUAUCUGUACAUCCGCUCCUUCUGGGCACAUCAACAUGCUUUAUCACUUGGGGGAAACACAGGAAAUCCUCUGUAUGACUUCUUCAUGGGUCGAGAGCUCAACCCUCGCAUUGGAAACUUUGACUUGAAAUAUUUCUGUGAACUAAGACCUGGAUUAAUAGGCUGGGUGGUCAUAAACCUAGGGAUGCUAAUGAAAGAAGUAGAGCUGCGCGACUCUCCAUCUCUUGCCAUGCUGCUCGUCAAUGGAUUUCAGCUCCUCUACGUGACAGAUGCUCUCUGGAAUGAAGAGGCCGUUCUUACUACAAUGGAUAUUGUGCAUGAUGGAUUUGGGUUCAUGUUGGCGUUUGGUGAUCUGGCCUGGGUUCCCUUCACGUAUAGUCUUCAGGCCAUGUUUCUGGUUGUUCACCCACAGUCACUUAGUACUCUUGGUGCCGUGGGGAUUGUGCUUCUAAAUGGAAUUGGCUAUUACAUUUUCAGGAGGUCCAACUCUCAGAAAAAUCAGUUCAGAAGAGACCCCAAGCAUAAAAGUGUAGCACACCUGGAAACUAUCGCGACAGCAACAGGAAAGCGGCUGUUGGUAUCAGGAUGGUGGGGUUUUGUCAGACAUCCAAACUACCUGGGUGACCUUCUGAUGGCCCUAGCCUGGUCCCUGCCUUGUGGAAUAUCCCACAUUCUGCCUUACUUCUACGUCAUAUAUUUCACUAUUCUGCUCAUCCACCGAGAAGCCAGAGAUGAGAAACAAUGCCGAGCCAAAUACGGAGUGGCCUGGGACACUUACUGCAGACGAGUGCCCUACAGAAUAAUCCCCUAUGUUUAUUAAUGUGGACUGAUGUGCUCUGAAUGUCCAGCAGACUUUUAUUUAGGUGAGGAAAUGGACGCAACAUCAUCAAUGGACAGCCAACAUUACAAAAUGUAUUGCGUAUUGUUUUUAUUUGCAUUAGAACCAAACAUUUUCUUUUUUUUUAUAUAUAUAUAUUCUUGUAUUAUAUUAUUAAAGAGCAUUUUAAUAUUG